GCCAUUGGCUCUGUCCCCUGCAGCAUGCGUUUUGUGUCAUCGUGUGGACGCUGACCCGGACACCUGCGGAAACAGACGGGAGAAAUACGGGCUCUGUGCCCACAUGUUCUGCCUGUAUUUUGCCACUCUUCUUUUCCGGCAAGAAAAGAAACAGGUUGGAUUCCUGGGUUUUCUUCCUCAAGAUAUCCAAUGUGCAGUCAGGCGGGCGGCACAGAAGCACUGCUGCGUCUGCGGCCAGAGCGGGGCCACCAUCAUGUGCUGCGAGGAAGGCUGCGACAGAUGGUUCCACCUGCCCUGUGCCAAGGAGGGCGGCUGUGUUACGCAGUACAUUGCCCCAUACAGGUCCUACUGCCCUGAGCACCGUCCAGAGCAGAUGGUGCAGGUGACUCCAGAGCCGGGCACCGAAUGCCCCAUCUGCAUGGAGCCAGUGGAAGACAGAAUGACCUUUACCACCAUCGUGUGCCCAACGUGCCAAAGAGCCUGGUUCCACAGGGACUGCCUCCAGGGACAGGCCAUGCGUGCUGGUUUUUUCUCCUUCUGCUGCCCCCUCUGCAGAGACGAUGGCAUGUUCGCUGUCGAAAUGUUCAUCAUGGGAAUCCGCAUCCCCUUCAGACUGCCAACAUGGGAGGACAACGACGCCUUCGCGGAUCUGAGAGUGCGUCACAGCAGGUGCAAUGCCAGGGAAUGCCUUUACCCAGGAGGCAGGGAGGAGGCAGAGGAAGAGGGGCCCUGGAAGCUGCUCCUGUGCUCCUCCUGUGCUGCCGAGGGCACCCACAGGCGCUGCUCUGGCCUGACAGUGAGGAGAACCCGCUGGGAGUGUGACAGCUGUGCUGGUCUCGGCACAGCCCCCAGGGAUGAGCAGCCAGAGCUCAAUGGCCCCAGCCGGAUCAGACAGUCAGGACUGGAGCCUGCUCACGGCCUUUCAGAAUCCGAGGCCAUCAGGCCGAGCUCCAGCAGCGCAGUGCCAUCGGGUCUGGCUCCCCAGUCUCCAACUCCAGGGACCAGCAGCCACAGAAGCCCCCGGCAUGCAGUUUCUUCCUUGGCAGACACCGGCAGCGCACGCACACCAAGGGCAAGAUCCAGCAGCUGGACGGGCCCUGAGGACAGGGUCCAUUCCAGACAUGCUGGGCCUGACCGCAGGCGAAGGCGCUCUCAACAGCAGAGGCGGGCCUCAGAUGGGGCCGUCCGGUCGCGGAGUCGCCAUGACAGGAGCAGUAGGAGAACAUCAAGUGCAGAGAGGCGCAGGCAAAGGGAGACACCGUCGCGGGCUUCCCGCAGACACAGCCGCUCCCGGCAGCAAGCUCAUGCCCAGAGUCCACCUGCCCGGUCGAGGAGUUGCCAUGACAGGAGCGGCAGGAGAACGUCGAGGGCAGAGAGGCCCAGGCGAAGGGAGACGUCCUCAGGGACGUCCCCGAGACGCAGCCGCUCCUGCGUGCAACGUCGAGCCUCGGAUCAACCUGUCCGCUCCAGGAGUCGCCAGGACAGGAGCAGGAGGAGAGCAGCAAGUGCUGAGAGGCCCAGGCGCAGGGGGACACCGUCGGGGACGUCGCGCUGGAGCAACCGCUCCCGCCAGCCACGUCGGGCCUCAACUGGGACCUCCAACAGCAGCACGUAGUGUCACCUUUUCUUUCUAGUCCCUCUGUUUGCUGCCGUAAGUGAAGUAAAGCCUUUCUUCAGUAAAGCAGAGGGAGAAAGAAGAGAGUGAGACACUGCUUUCAGUGUCUGAAGAAAUCGAUUGCGACACUGCUGCUGAUUUAAAACACUUGCUUGGACCUUCAAAGAUGAAACCGGAAAAGACAGUGGAAACAGGCUGGGACAAAGAGGAUGCACAGGACUCUGCCCCAGACGAACGUCUGGGACCUUUGCCUGAAAACGACAGAACUCAGGAGUCCAGUGCUUUCCAGUUUUCCUUCUUUGGAGACACAGAGGAGUUGGGCAUCAAAGAAGAGCCUUACGUACUUGGAACGACAAAACCGGAAAACGUCAGGUGGCGACAGGAUUCACAUUUCCAAGACAUCCCGUCUGGGGCUGCUGGUGAGCCGGAGAUGUCAGAAAUUGAAAAGCACCAAG